GCUGACAUGUACAAUACAUCAUGUUAAGCUAUUUAUUACUUGUCAUGUAUUAUUUGUGGGUCUCAUUUUUAAAUACAAAAAUGAAAGAAAAAAAAAUCCUGAAACAUACCCAAUAUUAAUCUGUACGAGCAGCUUCAGACGCUCCUAACUUCUCCGGCGAACGGCGACUUAGAUAUCACCAUGGGGAAAGUUCACGGAUCACUUGCUCGUGCUGGUAAAGUGAGGGGACAAACUCCAAAAGUUGCUAAACAGGACAAGAAGAAGAAGCUUCGCGGCCGUGCUCACAAGAGGAUGCAAUACAACCGCAAAUUCGUCACAGCAGUUGUUGAUUUCGGGAAGAAGAGGCGCCCGAACUCAUCCGAGAAGUAAAUGAAGAAAUGACUUUAUUUUUAGGUAAAGAAAGUUGCUGAAGUUCAAUGAGUUGUAUUUGCAAUUUGUUGCUUCUGAGAAUACUCCAGACAAUACAAUGUUAGCACUAUUAUACAAUUGGUUUCCGUAGUUAAUAAAAUGGGAUAAGCAAGAAU